AUGCCGCAUCUUUCCGACCACACUCAGGAAAGGAGCAAUGAUUUGGUACAGGAACCUUCGCCCCAACUCCAUCCACUCCUGGACCGAGCUCAAGGAACUCUUUUUGGCCAUUUCACAGCCUCCCGUCGGCAACCAAAGUCGGAAGCGAACCUUGAGGCUGUGAUCCAAGGAGCCGACGAGCCCCUCCGAGAUUACCUCGACAGGUUCAACAAAGAGGUCGUCCAAGUGCAGAUGGCGGAUUACAUGAAAAGAUACCUCCUAGAACAAGGACUUCUCCCCAGAAGCGACUUCAAGAAGGCUAUAAAAAUCGAGAAGGUUCCCACUAUGAACUCCCUCCUCCGCAAGGCCCGAGCCUUCAUCGCUUUCGAAGAAGGCGAAGCAGCUGCGAUCAAAGCUUCGAGGGGCAAUGACGUUGCCCGCAGCUCGAACCUCGACAAUUCGGGCUCGCGUCGAGGACAUGAGAAAAGAAGAGACGAAAGGUCCCACGACGCUAUAGAACGCCGAGGACCAGCUGGUCGAUUCAGCGACUAUACCCCCCUGAACGCCUCACGCGAGAAAAUCCUGGCCGAGUGCAAAAGCACCGAAUUCAAGAACUCUAGCAUCCGGCCCCCGAAGUCGAACCCCACCAGACCGGGGACCGAAAAAUCUAAAUACUGCAAAUACCACAAGAGUCAUGGGCAUCUAACUGACGAAUGCAUACAUCUCAAAGACGCCAUCGAGACUCUGAUUAAAGAGGGUCUCCUAUCAAAAUACACGAAGAAGGGAGAACCUCCCCGAAGAGAAGCCCCUCGGAACUCUGACGAGGGAAACUCGCCAGAUAGUAGACCACUACAAGUAGCGCUGUCUGUCACCCGACCAGAAGACUUCAUUCCUUCAGUCGGAGUGAGAACCGCCUUCAGCACGUGGGAAGGCUUCCCAACUGCGAUGGUCAUAUCCAAAGGUGGAGACCCCGGCUCCCUCACCAUCAGCUCGGUGAAGAGAAAGUUCGAUGAGUUGAUCAGCGCCAACUCGGAUCUCGGCCCUACCCUACAGAAACUCAAAGGGAAGUCAGACUCGAUCACUUUCUAUUUGGAAGAACUGCCCGGCGGAGCUCCAAACGCCACGAUCCCCCUACUCGUCCGAGCAAGGAUGGCGAACUUUGACGUCCGACGAGUCCUAGUUGACGAGGGGAGCUCAGUCGACAUCAUGUACUCCCACCUUUUCCAGACCCUCCAGCUAGACAACUCGCACCUCACUCCUUAUGUAGGAUCCGACCUCCAGGGUUUCAACGAGGCCACCACCAAACCUUGGGGUUACGUCGAGCUGACUGUCACCUUCGGGGAAGGGGAAGCUUCCAGACAGAUGAAAUUCUACACAAAAAGAGGACGAGUAGCCACCGUCAACGCCGACAUCGAAGCCGCCAGAAGGAUCUUCGACACCUCUGUAAAAGGGUUGCAAUUAAGCGCCCCUCCUUCCAGCUCCAACAAGAAGCCAAGGGCCAAAGACAAACAUCCUCGGGAGGAUCAGCAUCAGCCGACCAAGGUGUCAUACCCUAAUUUUUGA